AAUUUUGACAAAAUUGAUGGUGGACGUAUUGGCAUAAUUUGGGACCCCCAUUUUGUUCAAGUUAAUGUGCUUGAAAUUGACAAACAACAUAUUCAUUGUCAUGCCACUUGUAAAACUACUCAAAUUGAGUUUUUUGUUACUUUUGUGUACGCUCUCUACACGGUGCUUGAAAGACAAACACUUUGGGAUCACCUAGCACACUUGGAGCCUAACAUUACUAGCCCGUGGCUAGUUAUGGGAGACUUUAAUUGUGUUGGGAGCCCAAAUGAGAGGGUGGGCCCUUCCCCCCCCCUCGGCUUAUGGUAUGCAACACCUUAAUGACUUUAAAUUGCAAACUAAUCUUGUUGAUUGUCCAUCCACGGGCCAAUUCCUUACUUGGAAUAGGGGUUCACUUUGGGCUAAGCUAGAUCGAGUUCUCAUUAACUCAUUUUGGUCCACUUUGGAUAUUGAGUGCAAAACACAUUUUCAUGAUUUCGAGCCUGAAUCCGAUCAUGUAGCCUCCAUGGUUUCCAUUGGGAAAGGU